AUGGACGUGCAACAGCAGCAGAAUGCCCGAGGCAACUUUGGCUAUGUGCUCGUCAUCAUACUCAUCUUCUGGCUCAUGUCCAACUCGCAAGAUGCGGCACAGGAAGAAUACCUCAGGACGGCCAUCGGUCGACGAACGCACGAGCGUGACGCCUUGAUCGGUUGGAUCUAUGGCAAUGCGACGAGCUAUCAAGCCAGAGAGGACGCGCUGCUUCAUGACAACUCGACCGGGCCACUCGUAGAUGAGCCGGCCGACGCAGAAGUCGAAGGACGAAAGGCGUACAACUAUACGCUCGCCAUGCCAAACUUUCUGUUUGCCGCGCCAGAGCUCACCGCGCUCACGGAUGCACUACAGCUGCCCGCGCCGGCGUCCACGCUGUACUAUCACAACGUCACAGGGUUCCUGAAGGGUUCCUGGAGACCUAUCAAUGUCUCCUUGCCUCUGCUAUACGAAAGCAAGCUAGUCGACGACACGCUCAACGAGACCGUCUCUGUACCCAAGCCACCACCGGCAUUCCGCUUCAACAGGACGCUCAGCCCUCCUGCUGAACCAGAAACCAUGAACAUAAGCAAAGCAGAAGCAGCCAGGGGAGCUAUCGUCAGGACGCGCGGUUACUUUCCCUGGAACGCUACAGAGGGAGGAAGGAUCUCUAUCAAUGUCCGCCAGAACUUGCCCUGGCUUGCACAUGCCGACUUGGCCUCUCAUCCUCGACUGCUCAAGCAGGAGGUUGCAAGGACGGAUGUCGGCGGCAUGGAAGAUCUCUCGAUUUUGCGCGGCUCGUUCCAGCUCGACAACGGCGAGCGCGGAAUUGAACUAGACAUCGAAGGCGUUCACAAGAUCUCAAACGGAUCGUUCUACUUUAUUGCCGCACCCUCCUUUAUGGGUCUCGAUCCCCGCAUGCUGCCUGCACUCGCCAAGACGUCGACGAUGCGCAACCUGACGGCCAAACUCAUAGUAUCUGAGCUCGAUGAUCGGAUCAGACGCGCUCAAGCAUCUCUAGAUGAACAGAACUAUCCAUCGAGCGGAGGUAGUCCAACACAGGACGGCGUCUACGCUCAAACGCCCACUUGUACUUUCAUAGGCUACGGCCAGCUCGGUCAGGUCGUUGCCGCCAACGCUGCACGACUUGACGAAUUCGAGUCAGAGAUGAGCGAUCCGACGGGUGUCAGUACGGUGCCGAUCAAAGCGCGCAAAUCUCGAGUGAUCAUGUACAGCGAAACUUGUCAGCUCGUCAUAGAGAUUGAUGACCUCUCUCUGUUGCACAUGGAGACGUUUUGGGCAAAAGCGAAGAACUACGCCGCUUUCGUUGGACUCGUAGCCGUCAUCCAGACAUACUUGCUCAUUCAUCAGAUGGAAAGCACCUCCACGCCGACCAGCGUGGCCAAAGUAGCCUAUGGCACGAUCACUAUGCAAGUAGGCAUGGAUGUCUACUUCUUUAUCGCCCACCUCACCUUGGGCGUCGUGACCGACAACGAUGCCUCACUUGCACUCAUCGUGCCUGCUUUUCUUGCUUGCUGCUCCGGACUGCUCUUUGGUCUCCGAUACGCUGCUAUCAUCAAAGUAGCAACGACGCCUGCAAGUCGUACUGCUCCUGUGGCUGCCACGCCUGUCGUGAUUCCGCAGCCUGCCAUCAGUGCCGACGGUCAGCCACCAUCGGCUACUGCUGCUCAGUCUACGAUUGAGGACGUGAACGAAGAUUCGGCGGAGAGCGCGCCCUUGCUGCCUGUAGGAACGCCUGCGGCCCCUGUCUCUGCCACUCUGCCGCCUGCUCCACGCAUCGCCCGUCCCUGGUAUCUCGACGAAGACUCCGCGAUGUGGUUUAUACUGUUCGCUGGCAGCGUGACGGCCGUCCUCAUCGCAGUGCUCUUCUUCGGCUGGGUACCCAUCCUUAUUGCCGCACUGUAUUCCUAUUGGUGCCCGCAAAUCCUGCGCAAUGCCGAGAAGGGUCAAAGCAGACGCACGCUGAAGAAACGAUAUAUCUAUGGCACAAUGAUCUGUCGGCUCUCACUGCCGCUGUACGCGUGGGGCUGUCCAGACAAUGUCCUGUUCACAGAGACAAGUCCAUGGGUCAUUCUGUUGACGCUCUGGCAGCUCACGCAAGUCGCUACCAUGCUGCUGCAAGACAUACUUGGCGCCCGUUUCUUUCUGCCGAAAGAUUGGUAUCCCGAACAAAACAAAUGGGACUAUCAUCCUGCGCUUCCGCCAGUGGACGCAGAGAACGCUCAAGGCUCGAUUGACUGCGUCAUAUGUUUGGAGAAGAUCGACUUCUAUAGCACAAAUGGCAUGCGCGAUGACGAAAAGGGAGUCGAUGCGUUGGCGACAGUUGGGCGAGCUUUCAACCGGUUCAACUAUAUGGUUCCGCCGUGCCACCACAUCGCUCAUACUCACUGUCUGGAAAGCUGGCUUGCCAUCAAAUUUGAAUGGUCAACGACAGGACCGCAAAUGCAGACGGCCCCUGCUUGUCUUGCGCACCAGAUAGAGCUAGACGGCCUGUCAGGCCAUACGCUGGCGAUCAAGCCAUCCCCUAGCGAAAGCGACCCGCGUGAACAACAGCGACGCGUCUUGUUGUCCUCGAUGCAGAUCUUGGUUCACUCGACUCGCAAAAGACGCAAAGUCCGCACCCCAGCACUUCACAGGCCUCAACACAUCAUGAGAACAUCACGCAACACCAUCUCAGCUGGUCUGAUCUUGGGCGCCAUCGCUCAGGCAGCCGCUCAGGCAACUACCGAGCAGCUUGCCCUUGUCCAGGCACAAUACGAGGCAUCUGGCUUCGUCACUCCCAUCGGCAAUUCACUCAGCUUCGGUAUCGACUUUACCCCAGAGGCUUUGCUCACUGUCGUUUACCCUCAAGGCGCCGUUGUCAACGGACAUCCUUACACUGCCACUGAGGUCGCCGAACUUCCUUCGUUCACUUUGUUGCCAGCUAGCGGUCAGGCCUCGACAUUGACAGGCUCAGAUGCACGCUACACUCUUAUGCUGGCGGACGCGGCCGCUAUCGGCGAUCCUGACCCUCAAGGCGACUACCGUCACUUCCUCGUCAAUUACUUGACACUCAACGGUACGGCAGCUGCCGACGGAAGCAUUGCCUUCAACCCCUCUGCAGGCAAUGUCGUCACCAACUAUGCUGGUCCUGGUCCGAAUGCCGGCGAAGGCGCUCACAGAUACGCUUGGCUUAUGUUCUCGCAACCCUCUGCCUUUGCUGCGCCUACCAAUCUGACCACGCCCAACUCAGGUCCAGGCCACUGGUACGUGCAGAGCUACGUGCAAUCAACAGGUCUUGGCAGCCUCAUCGCGGCAUCUUUCUUCACCGUUCAGAAUGGCGUAGCAACUUUCACCGCUGCGGCAACGAGCUCGAUCAACACCGCCACACUCGCGGGUGCCUCUGCAAGUGCGACAGGUAGCGCUUCGUCUACUUCGGGAGCUGCAACGGCUUCGAACACGUCUUCUUCGAAAGCCUCCACCAAUGGCGCGAGUGGCUUGCAAGCUGGCUCAGCAUCGGCUUCGCUCGUUCUGCUAGCUUUGGGAGCAUACCUCUGUGCAUAG